AUGGCGCCUACGCAUUCCCCUCUCAUCACCCAUCCUCGAACGCCGCAUCUCAAAAUACGCAAGAAGGCCGCGACAACAGACGACUAUGGCCGCCUCCAAUACAACCCGUGGGCGCAGGCUCUGGCUUCAGACACGCGCGCAUGUGUCCUGACAGGUGCGCGGAUGCCGCGCUCAUUAAUGGGGAAAUGGGGCAUGGUGCGGAAACCCGAUACAGAUAAGCUGUACAUGCUCCCAGUGGAGCUACUGAUGGAUUCUCUGGGAUGGCGGCCGUCGAAGAACACGAAAAAGGCACGACGGAACCAGGACGCAAACAAAGAAGCAGCUACGAGCGAGGAGAACGUCUCAGACUUGCAAUCCGAUUCGGCGUUAGAUCGGAGACGCUUUUUUGACCAGCCGAUGACUCUUUAUAUGGCGUAUCUCAAGAAUCCCAUCCGUCGCCUGUCGGAAAAGGUAGAGUUAUCGGCCAACGCUAAGAAAUCGCCCAUUGCGAGACUUUUAUCCUUUCGCUGGCGAUCGCCUCACGGCCCAUUCACUCCGCGCGAUGUAGAAAGGCUCACGUGGAGUAAAGAUAUGCCUUCGUUGCUGGCUCGACAGAUGGGAAGUGACAUUGUCAAGAAGCUUACGAGUGCUGUCCAGAGGCUUGGAACGACAGAACCCACUGCUGACAUUUGGAGGGCGGUUAAUAUGCAGCACUAUUCAGAUGCCGCUUUAUCAAGCGCAUUAGAGUGUCUUGAACCUGUUCAACAGAUGGAGUGUGGCGUUGUCCUUGUUCUUGAUGGCCCUAAAUCUUCUGAUGCUGAACCCUUGGCUGACCUGACCAUGUUGCCCCAGGUGCGGAAAAGGGUGCCCGUAUUCGACCUAGCGCAGCUUCUAUCAGAGUCUGACUUGGCGAGUCUCAGACAAGCAGACCCGUGGUUUCAGAAGCCUGCUCUGUUCUAUAAGCCCAAUACCGCCUCGGGUGUUGAUUUGGUCAUAUCUUUGUGGAAAUUCCAGCGGUAUAUCGCGGGAUAA